CAAGUGUAAAUUUAUGUAUCAAAGUUAAUUAAAUUAUUUACACAUAUGUACGUAUACCGCAUAAUGUAAUUUAUUCUGUCGGUAUAAUUUUGUUAGCAGUUUGAACGUUCGACUAAUAAUAAUGGCUUACGAUGAUAAUAAAAUGAUGAAUAAUAACCACCGACUAAUCGGCGCUAUAGAAGCACCGAAGAAGCCGAAAAUAGCUUCGUAAUUUUGCCGUUAGAAACGCCACUGUCGUCCAUUUGUGCUUCUUGCAUUCGAAUAAAAAAAUAUUUCAAUGCCUCCCUGCUGACAGUUUUCAAUUUUUACGAGCUCGAAUUAAAGCCGAAGGAAAGUACUUUAUAACAAAUUCAUUACCAUUUAGAAAUAACGAAAUCGCAUACUGAAAAUUUAAAUUUGCUUUCACCUGUAGUCGCAUGCGAGAGGAUACUGAAAAACGCGAGAGUUUCCCAACUGUCGUUUCGUGAUCGUGGCAGAAUUCGAAAACCGGCGGCGUGAUUGUCAAUGGUACACGAUCUCAUCACGCUUUCGUAAACAGUUCGUUCGACGAAGAAAACGAGUAGUGUUAGUUAAGUAUUGCGAGACUUCGAAAUUUCAGUUCGACAAUGGAUACCAUAAAUGACACGAAUGAAAAUUUAGAUCGGUCCAUUCAGAUGUAUAAUCAGGAGAAUUCUCAACGAAAAUCGUUUUUGAGGUUAAGCGGGAAAAACAUCACUCCCAGAAGGAUAUUGUUACAAAAUAGUCAUUUACGGAAGGAUCUGGACGAUUCGCAACGAUUGAACGAUACCAAUAGUCCCAAGGUAUCGAACAAAUCAUAUUUGAGUUCGAAGAUGAUCAAAGGUUACGAUAUGCUGGACAUAGACAGCUCCAUAACCCUAGCACCGCAUGAAUUACGCGAUAUAAUGCUAGCGUCCGAGAAGAACGAGCUCACUUUGAGGGAAAUGAUGGAAGACAGCAGCGCGACUGGCAUAAUUCUAAAAGCGAAGCAACCAUGGAGGGAUAUUAUGUCUAAAUUGUAUUAUGAUUUCCUACACAGUAUACAGAUGAACUUCUCGGAAACUCAGGUGUUCGACAUUAUCGCAGACUUCAUACAGAACUGCACGGAUACUUUGGACAUAAUGAGAGGUAUGCAAGCAAAAGUGGAAACCGCGGAAGCGUCGGAGGAAGAAAUUGCCUUAGAGAACGAAAGGAAUACGUGGAGACUCGUUUAUUGUCUGUACCAGAAUCGAAUAAACAGCCUGAACUUUCCCACGGCGAUGGAAGAUGACGCGGAUGAUAAUAACACCUAUGUAUCCGAAAAAGUUAUAAUAGACAACUUGUUUAAGGUGGAGAGAUACAUAAGAGAAUAUCAGUUGAUAAUCGACUGGCUCGAAAAGAAUGCCUUGGAUCAGGCAGACAAAUUUCCAUCCACGGAACAGUUCACCGAUAAAACGCUCGCAUGGGAGAACACAGUACGACAAUUGCUCACUUACAAAGAUAAAGACUCGAUUCCAUUUCGUUCGACCAGACCGUUGAUAUCGUCCUUAGAUCCAGAUGCUCCAAUCAGAGAAGGUAAACCUCUUCAUGAUCUGGACAGGGAAGAUGAUGCAAGACUUGAAAAAAGAAUGUUCAUAGAGGUACGCUGUGGAAGACUGGCGAAGGCACAGGCGCUCGCGGAACACUGUGGUCAACCCUGGAGAGCCGCGUGUUUGUUAGGUUGGAUACCUUAUCAGGAUCCUAAUUAUAAAAAUCCAUUAACCGACACCAAAUUACCGAUCGAAGGGAAUCCGAAUAGAAGUCUUUGGAAGUUGUGCGCGUGGGAACUCUGCCAGGACAAACGCAUAGGUCAAUUUUAUCGCGCCGUUUACGCGAGUCUUUGCGGAAACGUGCAACAAAUGCUGCAAGUUGCGACCUCCUGGCAGGACGCGUUGUGGGCCCACAUGAAAGCGUUAUUGGACAUCAAAGUGGAAAGAGAAAUAAGGGAUCUCGUAGUGAAGAAUUUCACGAACAUGCCUACAGACUAUUGGAAGAACGAGCUGUCUCUGGAGGACGUUUUCAAAGACCUACACGCAUCGAAGAAUCCAAUUAUCCGUACACAAGCGAAUAUGCCGGAUCACAUGAUCCAAAAGUUUCUGAUACUGGACGAAAUCCCCAAAUUAAUGGAGGAGAUAGAGAGCAUGAUCGAUCUAAAGAUGUGCGAUCCGCACUUUCUGCGGUUCUUGGCCCACCUGAUAUUCUUCUUCCGGCAAAUCGGCAAGAACGUGAACGACAAAGUCGGCGAUAAGGUUUUGAUGGCUUACGUCCACGUUUUGAUCGAGAUGGACGACCCGAUCCUGAUCGCUUUCUACACUGCCAUGCUGCCUCAGGAGUCUCAAGUGACCAAUUACGCUUUCUACUUGGAGAAUAUAAGCGACUACGAACAGCGCAAGAAGUGUCUAACCGCGGCAGAGGACGCCAACUUGAAUGUAGAAGCGAUCACGAAGCUGGUGGUAGAGCGUAUACGUUCGAAGGACACGGAAGUCAAUGUUACCGACUUGAAGGGCGCUACAACUAGCGCCGAUCUGGAAAAGAUCAAUGCAUUGGACUGGCUGAUAUUCUAUCAAAGCCAGCGGGAGGAGGCGUUAUGGCAAACCAAUGCUCUCAUAAGAUACUUCUUGAUGAACGAAAAGAUCGAUACCGCGCGAAAAGCAUUCAACAAGAUUCCAGCCGACUCGAUCGAGUCCGUCAUGUCCGAGUAUCCAACGAUGGAGGGUACCCUAACUAAUCUCACGAUCACGAACAAUUUAUCGAAAAGAGCCUCUUCGGCGAUCCGGGAGUACUUGUGUUACAAGACUUACUUGGACGCUCAGGAAGGCUUCGCGGAGUGGUUCUCUCAUUACCAUCACGGGAAACCCAUCCCUCUGGAGGAACUAACUCCGUACGCCACCUUUACCGAAAAGGUCGCGUACGAGCACAAGAAGGCGCAGUAUAACGUGGAAAUGGAAAGGUGGAAGUGCACGAUGCAACAUCAUACAAAGGCUGUUAAGCAAUUACUGUUCAAUGUUCUGUUGUUCCCCGACGGCGGUUGGCUGGUAGACACGAACAACAACGACGGCACGUGUACGCAGGAAGAAGAGUCGCGGGAGGAAGAAAUGGAGAAGCUACGGCAACUUUGUAUCCCGAAAAUCACGCUUCUUUUACAUUCGGUGAUGACCGAGAUGAACGAACACGCCGGAUGCAUUCAAUUGGCGGAUAUCCUUGCCUCGAAACAGCACAAGCUUUACAAGGUGUUCCAGAAGAAUAGGUUGCGCGAGGUAUUCAAGAAGAUCUGCGAGUCCUCCUUGAUUCUGAUGGAUCAGAAGAAGGAUCCUUGGGGCUACCCGAAGUGAAGCUCUUAGAGGAAUUGUAGGAAUGUUAAUUCCAAACGUGUACACGCAACAAGAUUCGGGGUCAGAGGUCAGCACAUAAUCCAUCGUGUCCUUUCUGUAUUUAAUUGUACAUGAAACAGGAGAUUCGGUUCGUUCUUCGCCGGAUCGGAACGUCGCGAGCACCCUGUACAAAAUCGCGUCUAUCUUUUUUAUAAAACCAGUUUAUUGUCAACCACAAGAAGUGAAUAUAAAAUUUGAUACAAUGUUCAAUAAUUCAUAAUCAUAAUAUAUUAUAUACCUCAUGAUUA